CCUCAGAGAAAAUGUGUCCACCGGAAAUGGAUUCUUCACCGGCGGCGGGAUUCGCCGCCUUGCAUCCGGACAUCCUUGAGUCUCACAUCUUUACUCAUUUGGACGGGCCGGCGCUCGCCGCCGCCGCCUGCUGCUCCACCGCUCUCCGCCGCAGUGCCUCCCUGCAGCACCUCUGGUCCAGCCUCUGCAACUCAACUUGGCCGUCGACUGCCUCUCCACACCUCAGCAAAGUCAUCGCAAAGUUCCCGAACGGCGGUCCCCGGGGGUUCUUCUCACAAGCGUAUCCUCUCUUACCGGAGCUUUGCUCCGGCGACUCAUCCUCGGCCGGUAACCAAAACUGAUACCGACUGGUUCCGCUCCUCGCCCUUCCGAAUCGACCUUCUGGAGCACAAGGACACCGUCGCCGUCCCAAUCAAGCAUCCUGAGAGACAAAUUAAAGCUCUAGAAGGAUUAACACUAACCUGGAUAUUAAUCGACACACUCCGAUACCGAGCAGCAAAUCUGUCGUCCAUCCAUCCUGUAACGGUGCAGUACCACUGGUUCACCGGAGAAAUCCAGGCGCGAUUCGCCUCCAUCGUCACCGCCGGGCAAGGUCACGUGCAGUGCGGGAUAGUGGUCACGUGCGCCAGCUCCUCCGGCGACCAAAUGCAGGUGAAGGAAGUGAGAUUGGAAAUAGAGGACAUCGACGGAAAACACCUGACCGGAAAUGAGAGUCUGGCCGUCCUCGAGCAAGCGCUGACGGCGGAGAAGGGGAAAGUGAAAACUCCGGCGGAGGAAGCGCGGCGGAGGUACAGAGAAUUCGAGGAAAUGAGGAGAGGGAGAAGAGAGAAGAUGCAGAGAAGAGAAGGAGCUCUAGACACGAUCUGCGCAGUGUUUGGAGUGUUGAUAUUCGCUGCUUUUCUCGUGUUGAUUUGUAUGUGAAUCAAAAAGAGAGGAGAAACAAAUUGUAUUCGCCAUUGAAUUGCAAA